AUGAGCCAAGCGGCGGGAGAUGAGAAAGAUUACCAAACUGAGGCAGGCUCUCGUAUCGGUCGAAAGGCUGCUGGUCUAGAAGACACGUACGAGCCUUUUGUUGGUUAUACGUAUGUUGAAGGAGGUCACGACGCCCGGAACGAAGUCAUCGUUUAUAGCGGCAGAGAGACGCUUGUAUUGAAGCACCGAGGAUACAAGCGUCUCCUGUAUCAAAAGGUGAACCUUGAGCCAGAUCUGCUGGCGACAAGUUGGAGAAAUCCUUACUUGCUCACCGCAAAGAUUGUCAAAGAAGUAGAUUUUGAAGUAUGUCUGAAACUCUGCGUCUGUAGUCAGGUUGAGGCCAGCAAUGUCGCUAAGCAUAGUUACUUCUUCCUUCACACCGCCAAUGAUGAACGGAAUCUUCGCGACAUUCCCCGAGCGGAGCAAUUGGCAGGCGACCCUAGAAUCGGCAUGACUGUACCCAGACUGCUCAACCAUGAGGCUGAACAGGCCCUGCCUGUAGUGGUAGUCUUUGAAGUUCCAAAGGCCACCGGGCACUAUGCUGGCGCCUCUGAAAAGUCCAUCAUUUUCACCAUCGUUAAGAACCAUGUGAACCGCAAUGGAUCCGGACUCAGUACUUUCCAAAUAUGA